AUGGCCAACAGCGUCAACGUCCAACCGAGCACGUCCACCACGGCGAUGCUGCCCGCCACGCCAGAGGAAUACGCGGCUCUCGAGCGAAAGCUCCUCCGCAAGGUAGACCUCCGGCUCAUGCCCGCCCUGAUCUGCAUGAUCGUCCUCAACUACCUCGACCGCAACGCCCUGCCCAACGCCCGCGUCCAGGGCAUCGAGGCGCACCUCGGCCUCACCGGCAACCAGUUCAACGUGUGCAUCUCCGCGCUCUUCGCCGGCUACCUCGCCCUGCAGAUCCCCUCCAACCUGCUCCUCACCCGCGUCCGCCCCAGCCUCUACCUCCCCGCCUGCAUGGCCCUCUGGGGCUGCGUCUCCGCCGCCACCGCCGCCGCGCCCUCCUUCGCCGCGCUCGUCGCCUGCCGCACGCUGCUCGGCCUGCUCGAGGCGCCCUUCUUCCCCGGCGCGCUGCUGCUGCUGUCCAGCUGGUACACGCCGCGCGAGAUGGCCACGCGCACCGCCGUCGUCUACACGGGGAGCCUGCUGUCCAGCGCGUUCGGGGGUCUGGUCGGCGCGGGCGUGCAGGGCGGGCUGGACGGCGUGCGCGGCCUGCACGCGUGGCAGUGGCUGUUCAUCAUCGAGGGCGGCGUCACGGUGGCGGUCAGUCUCGGGUCGGUGUUUGUGUUGCCGGACUUUCCGGCCAACACGGCGUGGCUGACCGAGGAGGAGCGCGCGCUGGCGGUGCAUCGUCUGCACGGCAGUCGAGACGAGGAGCGCGGGCCGCUGCUGCAGGGCCUGAAGAUGGCGCUGACGGACUAUAAAGUCUGGCUGCUCACGCUCGUCGUCAUUCUAAAGACGUCCGCCGGCGCGGUGACGCAGUUCAUCCCGACGCUGGUCGCCACGUUGCACUACGGCAAGGUCCAGACGCUGCUGAUGACGGCGCCGCCCUUCGUCUUCGCCGCCAUCGUCGCCCUCGUCGUCUCCGUCUCCAGCGACAAGCGCGGUGAGCGAUGUCUGCAUCUAGUUGUCCCGCUCGCCUUUGCCCUGGUCGGCUUCAUCAUCGCCGCCACCACGCACAGCCUCGCACCCCGCUACUUUUCACUCUUCCUGGCCCUGGGCGGCGUGUACGGCUGCUACGACAUCACCUACGCCUGGAUGAGCUCCACGAUCCCUUACCCUAUUGAAAAGCGGUCCUCCGCGUUCGCCAUCGCCAACAUGGUAGGCAACAUCGCCCAGGUGUACUCUCCGUACAUGUAUCCCAAGUCGUCCGGCCCGCGGUACCUGCCCGCCAUGAUCGCCAACAGCGGCUUCGUCCUGGCCUCCAUCGCCUGCUGCGCCGUGCUCUACUUUUGUCUGCGGAGGGAGAAUGGAUUGCUCGAUGCGGCGCAGAGGCUGGAGCACGAUGACGCAGCCAGCACAACAAGCAAGGACCGGGUGCAGGAGAGGGAGAGGGUGACACCGGUCACGGCCAUGGAUCCCGAUUUCAGGUACAUGCUAUAA